AUGGUAAUGGGCCGGGCUGAUUGGCAGGCAUCGUCUCGGCCCCUGCUGUUUAUUGCAGUGAGCCUAGCUAUGCUAGGCAUUGCGCUCUUGUCGUUCCAGUGGACGCCUCAGAUGCUGGAUUUGCGACAAGAGUGCAGUAUGGCGUACAUGCAUCCCACGUACGUCGUGCACGAUGCGCAGCUUCGCGCGUUCUCAUCGUCACGUUCUCCGGUGAUGCAAAAGUACUCACUGCGUGAGUACCGCGAGAUGAACGCAACGCCGAGUCUUACCACGAAAGACCGUACGAUGCAUGCCUCGCCUGUGCUUUUUAUCCCUGGGAAUGCAGGCAGCUUUGCACAGGUCCGCAGUAUGGCCGCGAGUGCGUCGGACCAGUUUUGGGCGAAGUACUUUGACAAGCCGAACGAGGAAUUUGCCGAUGCGCCGGGCCCUGUCAACUGGUUCACCAUCGACUUCAACGAGGACUUUUCUGCGUUCCAUGGCCAGACGCUGCGUGACCAGGCGUUCUUUGUCAACGAGGUCGUGCGGUACUUGCGUGAACUGUAUCCUCUGUCAUCCAGCGAAGGCAACGCUACUGUGCCGUUGGUAGGCCAUAGCAUGGGAGGCUUGGUCGCUCGCCUAGUGCGCCACCUGCCGAAUUACGUGCCUGCGAGCGUGGAUACGAUCGUCACGCUCUCAACACCGCAUGCGUUCCCACCCGUCCCCUUUGAUCGAACAAUCAAUGACGUGUAUAUGCAGCUUGAACGGCCGAUCGAAGGCCCGGAGCCGCUGCUUAUCUCGAUUGCAGGCGGUUUGCUGGAUACACAGCUCUCGUCUGAUGCCUCUUCCCUGACACUUGGCGGGAUUCAUGCGCCAAUGUCGCGCUUGUCGACGUUCACGACGUCGGUAUCUGCGCUCUGGAGCUCGACAGAUCACCUGGCUAUUGUAUGGUGCGACCAGUUGCGAUUCAAGAUUGCGCGGGGGAUGCUGCGUGACUACAAACACUACGGUCGUGUCUACGAAGCACGGAAUACCCCGUCCGUGCAGGGCCAGCGCCGUGAGUUUUGGCGACAUCUGCUGGGCAUCCCACUGGACGCAGCCGCGGCGGACGACAAGGCCGUGGCUAUUGCAGCAGCAUCGGAAGGGCCCACUAGCUCGAUCUACCUGGACCGCCAUUUCCUACAUACGGAUCUGGCCAAGUAUGAGCCUGAGCUCUUAAAUCGCAUCCACGUGCCGGAUAUCAAUGUCGCGGUAUUCAAAGCGCUUGCGCCGCCUGGCCCGCGGCAGACGUAUACCGGCCAGGUGACAGAGAGCGAUGAGGCCUUGGCUUUUGAGCUCGUCACCAACCUGGCCAUCGGCGCCAACCCGGACGUGGGCCAUGUCGUGAGCCAGAUCAACGAAAUCUUUGUCACCGUCUGCUCGCGCAAACCGGCCGUGGAAGUGGAGCAGGGCGAAAUCGAGCCGGCAUGGUGCUACCCCAUUUUAAAUACAGCGUUUGACCUGCUUCCAUGGUCUGUCCCACCACAAGAAGAGCCACAGCGUGCGCCCUUCUUCCCUGAAGCCCGCUACCAUUACGACCAUCCCAGCAUUUCGCUGCACCGCUUGUAUCUCAGCCAUGAAUUCCUGCGCGCACACCAUGUGGAAACCGUGCGUGUAGAGUAUACCCGGCGACCAGCGCAGCAUCCAAGUGCCUUCAAUGUCUCCACGGUCCUGGAGAUGGGGUGGACAGAGAACAAGCCGUUUGUCUUACGUGGCGCUCCGUCCUGGUUCAAGUCUACAACAUGGGACUUGCCUGGCGUGAACGUGCUUGAUCUGCUUAGCUCGUUUGAAGAGCAUGCACCCCUAUGGGAAUGGGAUCUGCCCGAUAUGGAUUCGUCGUUGCUAGCCUAUACGCUGACGCUAGAGCCAGCUCCUUGUGCGGCGCGACUGAACCCGCCGCCACCACAUACGCCGCCGAUGGUGCGUGUGCUGAGCCAAUCGACAGGCGACUCACGCCUCUUCCCCUCCCUCGAUGUGUUCCAUACCAACACGCUGCCGGUUGCAUUGCAUGGCCCAGCGCCGUUCAUGCCUGUGCCAUCUCAUCAUGGCUGGCGUUUCCAGUUGUGGCUGCUUGAUACGUACAGACACACAGUGUUCUCCAGUACGUACAACGAGCGCUGCCCGCUGCCCUUCACGACGCUUCGUGCUUCUGUGCAUUGGCGUGCGAGUCUGGGAUUGCUGGUCCUUCGCUACCGUUUGGCCCUGCUGGUCUUCCCGCUCGGCUUCCUGGCACUGGCACGGUGGCAGCCCGGCACGCCAUGGCAUGCGCUUACGUCGACUGUGCUAGGCCCAGGUAUGGCCUAUGCGCUUGGCACGGCAAUUCUCCUGCAUGUGUUUCUGCAUCUGGGCGGCGCGUUGGGUGCGCCCAAGCACGCCCUCGGUAUCGGUACAACAUCGUUCCAAUUCUUGUGGAUCGGGCCUGUGCUUCUUGUUCUCGCAGCGGCACUGGCCCUGACGAUGUGUGCGAUCACUACUGGCGGCCUUGCGCUAUGGUACGCCCUAGUACGCCGCUAUAUGCCUUCGCUGGUCACACCUGGCGUAGCGCCGGAGCCAUUGACCACGCUCCCUACGCGUCUUGCAUGGACGCAGUGGCUGACACGCCGACGUACCUGGAUCUCUAUCGCGACACUGCUUACGCUCUUGAUCUUUUUGCCGUACCAAAUUCUUAUCGUGCUGGCGGCCAUGGUCCACGCGGCUACCACGGCGCAAUCGUACAUGGCAUACCACGAAGCGCGGCGUCGCACACCUGCCGAUCCACGCCUCGUCGAACUUCUGCAAGAGUCGUAUACGCACAACGCAUGGCUCUUGCAGUUCCUCGUCUGGUUCGUGCCCUUGCAUGCACCGGUUCUCGUGGUUUGGAUUCGCAACGUCAACGCUGGCUUCUCGAUGGGCGCAGCACGAACUGAGCACAAUGCAUUUGCGGUGCUGCCAUUGGUGGGUCUAAUGUACUUGUACGCAGCGCCAUGGUCGUUUACGCGGCCCACCGAGUCUGUGUUUACUGUGGGCACACGCGUCAUGUACGGGCUUCUAGCGCUGUGCGCGCUGAUUUACGGCAUUCGGUACAGCUAUAUGGUCUAUGAAUCGUUUGUUCUAGUCCUGCUGUGGGAAAUCGCACAGCUUGUGUGGCCUCUGUACCACCCUGCACCGGUCUUUGAGUCCAUCCAGCUGGACGACGUAUCGCAUUUGCAAGUCCCACCUGCCGUCGAGGCCUCUUCGCAAAUCGAUACGUUGCUUGAGACGUACUUGGCGACGCUGGAUGCGUACUUGCAAGCACGAGACCAGCUCACGGAGUCGCUCCAAGCUGGUUUCGUGCAGCUGACACGCGCCAAAAUGUCGUUGGAAGGCACGUUCGGGCAGCGGGUCGGUCGAGAUGCCUACGAUGAGCGCAUGUCCGCACAGAUCCGUGUUGCGAUGGACGCGGCGAUCCCUUCUGCCCCGACAACGUCAUCUCCUAAGACCGAAGGGCUGCGUCGCCGUCAUGGCACACCACAACAGACGGACAAUGAGCCUAAGGAGCGUGAGAUUCCUACGCCUGAGGCGCAAGGCUUCGAUCCUCUGUACCAAUUCAGCGGCCUCCCGCCACGGUCCCUAAAAGCCGCGCAACGUCAUUUCCAACAAGCCACAUCGAUUCUAGUGCAAAAGGACGGGGAGACAACUGCAUGGAAGACCAUCUACGAACUACAACAAUCCUUGCACGCAUUAGAGCAGCAAAUUGAAGCUUGCCGUAGCAUGUAG